UCAUCUUCCAUUGCAACAGGCUACCCUCGACGCCGGUACCGAAAUCUCAUCGUUGGACUUUUUAUCCAACACUUAUUAAGUGUGUACGCUGGCAGCUUGGGAUACCACUACAAUGGAGUGGAUGGGUCGGAAGGGUCACAAGAUUUACUCAUAUCGGAAAGGUUGACACUCAAUGACUGGGAAGACGUAUCAGAGAAACUCCGUGACUACCUCAGCUCUUACGACUAUUCAAUCAUAUGCGGAGCGAACCAGUUGACCAGUUCUGACUGCCAGUUGGCUCUAAACACACUAGCCGGAAAAUACUUCGAUCUGGCUCUCAAAUCAAAACAGAUGGGAGGUGACUCGAGAGUUUGGAGGGAAGCUACCACUGGUGUCUUGUAUGGAGCACUGCUGGUGGUGGACCCGGACGCAGGACCCGUAGAAAUGGCAGCGGUAAGUCAAUGUGGACUAUGGGAUUUUUAUUCCAGGACCAGCCUCAUCCCCAGCCCCAGAAUAGAGCUUUCCAAAAAAAUACGAGAUGACUGUGCUGCAUCAAUUCUUGGUAAACCUGUCAACGAACGACUUCGUUACAUUCGACUUCACGCCAACCCUCCAUCAGGUGCACCGGAGUCAGUGAAGAGUCUCAUGCUCAAUCAAUUUGUUGCGGAAUCGAUGGGAGUGUACUUAUGUUCGGAGUAUCGCGCAGCUGGUGAACAUCGAGUGGCGAUUUUUCCCAACAAAAUGGCAGAUUUAGUGGAUGCUGGAUCCAUCAAUGGACAGCAGUAUCUGAUAUUGGUCGACGCCUACAGUAAAUGGCCAGAAGUAUUCAGCCUGACCCAUGUUACUGCUUGUGUUACUAUUGCCAAACUACAAAAUAUGUUCAGUUGCUUCGGAGUGCCAAAUACUAUUGUCUCUGACAAUGGAAGCGCAUCUACCUCAGCCGAAUUUGAACAAUUCUGUAAACAGAACAGCAUCACACAUGUUAGAUCACUACCGUUCCAUCCACAAUCAAAUAGUCAAGUGGAGCGACUCGUGGAUACUUCCAAAAGAGCACUCGCCAAACUCAAAGGAGGGGAGCACACGGGAAUAAUCGAAACCUUCCAGGUGUGGGCGCCCUGGCAAAAUCCCAGCCCUCGUACAACCAUGACCUACACAACUAACAAUAUUCCCAUGCCACAUCGGCCGUCGCGUGGUGCCAUCAGCCGGGUCGCCUUACUUGCUGCAUACAGCAGGGCGGGUAAGCGAAAACAGGCUACUGCUGACGCCUCCCUUCUUUCUCCUUCACAUACUUUUUCUUCCCCCUCUCCCCACCCCAUUAAUAACUCUCUCCUUGUAGGCCCAGCACCUAGGACUGAUGACUCCGUUCGUCAUGCAUCGGUUUUGCGUGCAGCAUCUGCUCAUCACAUGGUGCCGACAUCUCCAGGCAUCUCCAAAUCAGUCCUCAAGCCUCGACACCCACUCUAUCUGGCCGCAUUCAAUGUUCGCACUCUGAAGCAAGCAGGACAACAAGCUGCUCUUGCACUCACACUGGACUCGCUUGGCACUGCUAUGUGCUGUGUCUCAGAAACGAGAAUUCAAGAUGCAAGCACAGGGGUUGAACUAACCGCCCCGUCGGUCUCCACUCGCUUCCGGCUACGCACCUCUGGUGAUCCAGAGGCUGCUGCGGGGGGAUGUGCAGGGGUUGGUAUUGUGCUAAGUCACCGGGCGGAAGUAUCCUUACUUGAGUGGAUACCUGUUGAUAGUCGCCUCUGUGCGGUUCGUCUGGCAACGUCUGUGAAGGAGUCUCACAAGCACUCUAACGCCGUCGAAGACAGGUUUUACGACGCCCUGAAUGCUCUGAUGCGGCGAGCUAAAAGCUCAGACAUCGUGGUGGUUGCCGGAGAUAUGAAUGCGCAAGUGGGCAGGCUCAGUGCAUCCGAGACUCAAUUGGGAGGUCGACAUGGACUGGACUCGACUUCCGGACGUGUGAGAGUGUACGGAGAGCUCUCCAAAAGCUUCCGUACACAAAGCGGUGUCCGUCAGGGAUGCCCACUCCCUCCGUUCCUGUUUAACUUCGUGAUCGAUGAAAUAAUGAGACGAACGCUGGAGGGUCUCCAAAACCCUGGUGUUCAAGUAGCCUGUAAAGAAGACCUUGUCGAUCUGGAAUAUGCAGACGAUAUCGUUUUCAUCUUCGAAGAGGAUGAGAAG